CAAGAGGGAGGACAUAUGGGCUUUGGACAAGCGGGUAGGGAGCGCUGCAGUCCUGCAUUGAACCACCGGGAGUCGCUACAGGUCGCAUCUCCCUCGCCCUCUGAAACUGACAGAGGACAAGUCAGGUCCGGCAACAGGUGGAGUCUGUCCAUGCAAUUAAACUGUUUUCCAUCCGCCUCAGCAAACAUUGAAGAUCCAGUGGCAACGUUGGAUAAUAUUUGCAAACCAUGGCUUUACCUGCGGUUCCCAGCUGUGACAGGACACGCCAGCUGUAACAGGAAAAAUAACAUCUUUACCAUGAACGUGGCUUUACACAACCUGGGGACAACGAUGUCAACGUACAAGCGAGCCACCUUUGACGAGGAUGACCUGAUCGACUCCACUGUUGAUGAAGUGUACCCAGAAGGCGUGCAGAUGGGCUUCAGGCGGACGAAGGGUCUGAGGGGCUGCUGGACCAACAGGACUCACCUGGAGAAACGUCUGCUGGUUCUGAUCGUCCUUCUCGUCCUGGCACUGCUCUGCAGCAUCAUCGUCCUGCUCUUCAGAGGGACAGAUACCCCAAAGGUUUGUCUCACCGAGUCCUGCGUUAAGGUUGCCAGCACCGUCCUCCAAUCCUUGGAUCGCUCCGUUGACCCCUGCCACGACUUCUACAACUAUGCCUGUGGGGGGUGGAUUAAGGCCAACCCGUUGCCGGAUGGAAAGUCCAGAUGGGGAACGUUCAACAACCUCUGGGACAAAAACCAAGCCAUCAUGAAGCAUCUUUUGGAAAACUCCACCCUGAACACCACAAGUGAAGCUGAACACAAAGCCCAGCUUUUCUAUCGGGCCUGCAUGAACGAGCAGAAGAUUGAGGAGUUGCAGGGACAGCCUCUAAUCAACAUCAUAAACAAAUUGGAAGGCUGGAACAUUAGCAGAGCCUGGGACAAGGACAAUUUUCAGGAUGUGCUCCAGUCCGUCAUAUCCCACUACCGAACCAACCCAUUCUUCUCCAUCUACAUCAGCACUGAUUCCAAAAACUCCAACAGUAACAUCAUUCAGAUAGACCAGUCUGGACUUGGGUUACCAUCGAGGGAUUAUUAUCUGAACAAAACUGCCAACAAUAAGAUCCUAACAGCCUAUUUGAAUUACAUGGUGGAGCUGGGGGUGCUGCUGGGUGGUGACGAGGCUUCCACGCUGGCCCAAAUGCAGCAGGUUCUGGAACUGGAGACAGCGCUGGCAAACAUCACCGUUGCCUCGGAGGACCGCAGGGACGAAGAACUUAUCUACAACAAGAUGACGAUACGCAACCUCCAGGUGCUGGUCCCAGUUGUUAACUGGCUGCCCCUGAUGUCGGCCAUGUUCCAUCCAGUUGAGCUGAAUGACUCUGAGCCUGUGGUCGUCUAUGCAAAGGAAUAUCUGCAGAAGGUUUCUGAUCUCAUCAACUCCACCGACAAAAGUGUCCUCAACAACUAUAUGAUAUGGAAUGUGGUGAUGAAAACUGCGGACUGCCUGGAUCAUCGCUUCCAGGAUGCUGAGGAAAAGCUCCUCACCGCCAUGUCUGGAACUAAAAAAACAUGCAACACACGAUGGAAGAGCUGUGUCGGUGACACCGAUGGGACCCUUGGAUUUUCACUCGGAGCUAUGUUUGUUAAAGCAACGUUUGCUGAAGACAGCAAGCAGAUUGCUGAGGAGAUGAUUUCUGAAAUUAAAGAGGCCUUUGAAGAGAGCCUGAUGAAGACCACAUGGAUGGACAAAGAAACUAAAAUAGCAGCUAAAGAGAAGGCAGAUGCAAUCUAUGACAUGAUUGGCUACCCAAAGUUUAUCAUGGAUACUAAAGAAUUGGAUAAGGUCUUCAGUGAUUAUGAAGUGGUUCCUGACCUCUAUUUCGAAAAUGUGCUGCAAUUCUAUAACUUCACUGCACGAGUCAUGGCUGAUCAACUUCGCAAAUCUCCCAACAAUGACCAGUGGAGUAUGACACCUCCCGCUGUCAAUGCCUACUACGCCCCAACCAAGAACGAGAUUGUGUUCCCAGCAGGCAUUCUGCAGACUCCUUUCUACGCUCGGGAUUAUCCCAAAUCAUUAAAUUUUGGUGGAAUCGGAGUGGUUAUGGGCCAUGAACUAACUCAUGCGUUUGACGAUCAAGGAAGGGAGUAUGACAAAGAUGGCAACCUGAGAUCAUGGUGGAAGAACUCCUCAGUUGAAGCCUUCAAAACUCAGAUUGAGUGCAUGGUCGACCAGUACAACAACUACACCAUCAACAGUGAGCAAGUGAAUGGCAGGAAAACACUGGGUGAAAAUAUCGCUGACAAUGGUGGCCUGAAAGCAGCUUACCAUGCCUAUGAGAACUGGGUAAAAAAGAAUGGUGAAGAGAUGAUUUUGCCAGCCUUGGGCCUCACUAAUCGACAACUCUUCUUCCUGGGAUUUGCCCAGGUUUGGUGCUCCAUACGGACCCCGGAAAGUGACCACGAGGGGCUCAUCACAGACCCUCACAGUCCUUCGAUGUACAGGGUGAUCGGAACUAUGGCUAACUCUGUUGAAUUUUCCAAGCAUUUCAACUGCCCCCAAGGAAGCCUGAUGAACCCUCUGCAAAAAUGUGAGGUCUGGUGAAUGAAGCAAAGACCAGGAGAGUUGAAAGCCCUGAUUCCUGGAGCAGCGCGGUGGGAUUGGUCUGAAUGUCACAUCCCACCGCAACUAAACGGGUCACUUCUGCGCCUUGUAACAAAGGGAAAUUUAUUUGGCUGUACUUUUUCUGAAAAGCCUGUGGAUCCCACAGUGUGAAUAUUUGUAACUUGGUUUCGCUGGUAACACUGGAAUCUGUGGGAAGAGCACACAACCAAAAACAAGGUGACAUUUGAUGACGUUGUUGCAAAGUCAAGAUGCUGUCCUCCAAAACAAUAGUUGCCCUUUUGCUUCAGAACAUUUACACUUUGGUAGUUAUUUUUACUUAGUAAGUUGAAUAUUUUAAAAUGUUAAGGAGUAGCUUGGGGGGUGGGGGGGGGUGAGUUUUUGGGGUGAGAGAUAGGGAUCGUCUUUCACGGAUGGACGGUCACUGCACUGGGAUCUCCAUUCAUAUUGAUCUUCCGCCAAAGACGGAAAGUCCCCAGGAAGUCCACCGCACAGGUUUUUAAUUGCUGGCUGUUCGUCUCUACUCUAUCGUCUUGGUCUAAGUACACUGAAAUGUUAUUGAUCAGAGAAAUCAUGAGUUUGUUUGGACGCACGGCUUCAUCCAUCUCCUUUCGUUCACACUGCUUUUGGCCAAUUGAAUUGUCCACGUUCUUUAUCUGUGGCAAAUUGGGCGGCAGAUGGCGGCGGCGGAUGAAGCAAGGCAACUAAUUAGCCUCUUAACUAACGGAUAAUUUAACUAAUCAGCUGGCUUACCUCUUCCCACCCAAUGUCCCAAAGAAACCAUGGAUUAACUGAGACUCCAAAACAAUGGGGGAGGGAGAGUUGGGAGAGUGAUGUGAUUAUGGCGAGCAAUUAUGACGUAGCCUUAUUAAAGCCAGCGCUUUUAAAUUGGUUCCAUCAAAGUAAGGCAGAUUUCGUCCAGAACUGCCAUUUACUUGUAUGUAUCCCAAACCUCUCCAAAACCCAUUCAUGUGUCACUAAUCAGUGCCUGAAUCUACAUAUCUUCAUAAUUUUUGGCAUUUAUUACUGCAAAACCAUUGAGCUUACUUUUGAUUGAGCUAUCUUAAUUGCAUUUUUCAACAAUAAUAGUGUGCUUCAGUAGAAAGCAUUGCUUUUAAAUGUGAAUGAACCAA